UUAUGAGAUAUUAUGGAGGAAGGCAAAUAUCUGAGGAAGAUUUAGAGAGUGCUUUACUGGUUGGCAUGAGUCCUCACGAGAGAAGACGAUUUGAAAAGAAGAAAGGGCUUUCUUUCUGGAAGUCUAGAGGGCGUGUUCUUUCAGAUGCAGAGCAGGAGAAAAAUACUGUUACCGUGUCUGCAUGUGCCAGUGUUAAAGCGUCAGAAGUUGACACUCUACAUGAAUCAUGUACCAGUACAGCAGAAGCAUUUACUGGAAAAGAUGAUAGAGACGUUAUCAUAGUGAAGGAUGCUGCUGAUUUAGGCAACUUCUCUUUAAAUUCAUAUUUGGGGUCUGAUGACAAAGCUUCUGACGUUGUUCAGAACAUGGACUCAGAUAUAAGUGGAGUCUCUGAUAUGCAGUUUGUAUCUGUUGUAAAUGCUGAUGGUGAUUGUGAGAGUAGUGCUCAAAAUGGAUCAGUUGACGUCUACUAUGCCAGAGAUGAUGCAAUUUCCCAACCUAAACAUAGAUCAAAAAUGUCUCUUCUAGGACAUGGUCCACAUGGUAAGCAAGUUGUGGAGCAUCUGCUAAAGGAAUAUGGCGAGGAUGGUAUACGUCAGUUUUGUCAAAGGUGGAGACAAGUAUUUGUUGAAGCUGUUCAUCCUCGUUUCUUACCUUCCGGCUGGGAUAUUACGCACAGGGGCUGAUAACGAGCACUGUUUUUUCCAGUGGUAGGAGGGACUUUGGCGAAUUUAGUGUUUACAAUCCUACCAAGAAGGCUUCUGCUGCUUCCGAGGGUUUAUGAAUCAACAAUGCAGUUGCAGACGACAUGUGAUUCUAUUUCAUCUCAUAUGCUAUAGAGAAUUUGUUUGCAGUUCCCUCAGUCCUCGUGUCCCUAUUCCAAAUGCUCCCUUGUAUCUUUUCUAUUUUAAGUUUUAUUUAGAAUACAGAUUUCUCCUCGUUUUGAAA